AUGCAUCCUGACGCUGACGACAUGUCCGAGAAGAGCCAAACAACGGCAAGGUUCGGACGUCUCAAGGUUGAAGAAGAGGCCGCUCGACGGGUUCAGGCAGAUGCACCAAAGAAGGGGGAAGCAGAGAAGGCUGACGAGAAGGACGAGGAGAAGUCUACUACGUUUGGGCCCCAGAACACGGAGUUGAGGCUAGGGGAUGAUCACUCUGAUCUGACCAUACGUUGCCAAGGACGCGACUUCCGUGCCCAUCGUGGCAUUCUCGGUUCACGGUGCAAGUUCUUCGAUGCGUCAGACAGCUCCACAAUUGCGAUGAACGACGACAACCCAGACGCGCUCGAGUCCCUUCUGAUCUAUCUGUACACCGUGAACACCGAUCACAUAGCCUUCCGCAAUGUCACUCAUGGCGCCUUGCCCAAGGGCUACUUCAGGCACCUCAUCCUGGUCUCCUGGCUUGCUGAGAAGUAUGACUUGCCGCUGCUCCGCGACAGCAUAGCAGGAAUCAGCUCGAACGACAAUAAAGGCAACAAGAUCGCUUGCAAGGACUGCCAUGAGAAGAAGGAGACCUGCAUUGAUCGUGAGGACUACGGUUUGACAGUUUUCGAAGCACUGGGUAUGGCGACGAGUCUUGCACCGAGGUUGGUUGGGCUCGUGGAGAAGCACCAAGCGGCAGACGACAAGAAGGCCGCCCUGAAGAGAAAAAAGGCAAAGCUAUCAAGUUAG